UCCUUUCGGCUCUGGGCACGAUGGUGACCAUGAUCAGGUCCCGCCCCUCAGGAGCUCAGAGGGUGGGCGAGCCCAGGUACCCGUGGCCAGGAAGGAUGCGCUCUCGCCAGCGGGGAUUGUCUCGGCCUUACAGGGAAUCAGUCGGGGGGAAGCUGGCGGUCGGUGGCAGGCAGGGGGCCUGGGACUGUCCCCGUGAGCCAGUUCACAGGGCUCUGUGUCGCUGGGGGAGCAGCCACUGGAAAUGCCGGGCCGAGGGCCACACGGGGCCCCGCAGUGACGGCCUUGGGGCCAGCACCCUAACAGCCCCCUCAGCGUGGAGCCCACGGGCCGGAGAAGAAAGGCGGCCGCAUCUGCCCAGGCAGAGCCCGCCCUAAGCCCUACAACGUGACUCCUCACAUGAUCCCCUGUGACCGUGCCGUCCCGGUGGGGCUCCCAGCUCGCCCCGCCCUGGGCUCCCAGCUCCCGGAGCAGCCGGAGACACCGCAGCACCAGCCCCCGGGUCCCAGCCAGAGGCCAGCAGGAACCAACACGCCUGUCCUGGUGGAGGAUGAAGGAGGGGGAGAGGAGCCCCCUGCUGUCCCUGGACCCUGGGGGCCAGGAGCCGCCCCUCGCUUCCAGCUGCCUGGGUCCAGCAGGAGGGGCCCAGAGGACAGGCCUGGGGGGAGGCCGGACCCCCCACCUCCCGCUGACAAGCAGCUGCCUCCAGUGCCUGACCUUCUCCUCCAACUUCCUCUUCUCCCUGCUCAGCCUGCUGGCCCUGGCCGUCGGGCUCUGGGGCCUGGCCGUCAAGGGCUCUCUGGGGAGCAGCUGGGGGGGCCCCCUGCCCACAGACCCCAUGCUGGGGCUGGUGCUGGGGGGCCUGGCGGUCAGUGCGGUGAGCCUGGCGGGCUGCCUGGGUGCCCUCUGCGAGAGCGCCUGCCUGCUGCGCUGCUUCUCGGGGGGCCUCCUGGCCUUCCUGGCGCUGGAGGCCGUCGGGGGGCUCCUGGUGGCGGCCCUCUGGGGCCCGCUGCGGGACGGGCUGGAGCUCGCCCUGCGCGCGGCCAUCACCCACUACCAGGACGACCCUGACCUGCGCUUCCUCGUCGACCACGUCCAGCUCGGGCUGCGGUGCUGCGGGGCCGCCUCCUACCGGGACUGGGAGCAGAACCUGUACUUCAACUGCAGCUCCCCAGGGGUCCAGGCCUGCAGCCUGCCCGCCUCCUGCUGCCUCGACCCCCAGGAAGCGGGAGCUUCCGUCAACGACCAGUGCGGCUUCGGCGCCCUGCGCCUGCCGGAGGACGCGGCUCAGAGAGUGGUGCACCUGGGGGGCUGCGGCGCGCCCCUCCGGCGGUGGCUUCGCACGCAGGCCCGGGCGCUGGGCGGUUUUGUGCUGGCAGUGGUGCUGGUCCAGGGGGCAGAGCUCCUGCUGGCCAUGCAGCUGCUGAAGGCCUUGGCUCUCCGCUCCGGGGCCCGGCCCCCCGCCAAGCAGGACUGGGGCUGACCCGCAGCCAGGGACACGUGCCUCGAACGCAGGGCCUCCCCACGCUGCUGUGCCCCUGGCCCCCGGGUUCUCCUUCCCGAGGCCCAGCCGCCGCCUGACUCCACUCUUUCAGAGGCCUUGGCCCCAGGGACCACCCACUGACACUGCCCCUUUGCUUGCAAACUAGCAUGGUCAGAGCGCUGGCUGCACCCACGGGUGCAGCCUGGGAGCCAUGGAGGGGGCCCACAAGGCCACCAGGCCAGAGGGCACCCCCAGCUCCAACUUCCACUGCCCAGGCCCACACCCACCCCUGACCCCCACCUCUGCCCGCUCCCUAUCCGGCCUCCAAGAUCUAGCCUCA